GGCAAUUAUGCAUCAUGAGAUUAAAUCAUAAUACAUUCAUUAAAAUAAAUAAACCCGGUUUUUCUUCUGCAUCACGGGAAAUUCAUUUGCCUUGACCUGUUCUUCUCAUGCACACAAUAGCUUCAGCGAUAACCUUCUGUAUCUUCAAAAGGACUUUUUACUUUACAUGUGGCCUUGGAAGGCCUAGUUCUGUCAUCAUUUUGAGGUUGCUGAAAAAAUGACUGGUUGUCCUUGUACUGGAUUGACCAUCAUGAAUCUAUGAAAUAUAUUACAUAAGAUACUACAAAGCCUAAAUUCCCAUACACCAAAGGAACCAAACUGAAAAUGGAUAAGCAUGCAAACAACAUGAAGCAAACUUGACACAAAACAGAUAUUUCACUGUGUACAAACGAUAGCCCUUGGCUGAUAAAUGGAAAGAAGUUUUAAAGUUGUUUGUAAUGUCAUGAGAUCAUGUCUUGCAGAAUCACAGGUCUCCAUCAAACUAAUGGGCGUUUUCGGAUUAUAUGUGAAGGCAUUGUAUAAAAGAUUUGUGAGAUGUUAUUUGCUAACAGCUAAUAUAGUGUGUUUGUUCUAGAUCUGUAUUUUCUAGUUUUGCUGAAAACAGUGUAAACUUCUGCGUCCCUAAGAAAGCUUCUCUCUGUGUUGGCAAGGAAAUGAUAGAAGAAUGUAAUUAAGCAAAGAUGACCCUAAAGUGAAAUGUGAAUUCUUUACAAUAUACAAUGUCCUUCCCACCAGCCACAUGUGUUUGUCAGAUGUUUACAGAAUCUUCAUUAACUAAGAGCUUUGCUAGAUAACAGAAGCUGAAGCAUGGCAUCAAUGACUCUGAUAAGGACAAGUGUAUGACCAAUCUGCUUGACAACUGACAAGAGGCUGGGGUUUGAAGCAGACUGCAAAAAGAACACAAGAAAGUGAUUUGCAAGGGGCAUUCCAGUAGUUUGCCUUACAUCUUUCCUCUGUAUUGAAACAAGACUGGCAAUCUGCUGAAAUACUGUUGUCUUCUUGUCUCUCCACCAGAAGGUAAAUACAGAAAAAAUGCAUUGUUUUAGAGUAUUAGCUGCACUGUCUGUUUUCAACAUCAUUGCUUGUUUGACAAGAGGCAAGCCUUUGGAAGACUGGGACAGGCUAUCAGCUAUGGGAAAGUCUGAUGCACACUUUCAUGAUCCUGGGGAAGUAGAAGAUGAGACCCAUUUCAACUUUAAAUCUUUCUUGGAGAAUAUGAAGACGGAUUUACUAAGGAGUUUGAAUUUGUCAAGAGUCCCCUCACAAGUGAAGACCAAAGAAGAACCACCACAGUUCAUGCUUGAUUUAUACAACAGAUAUGCUGCAGACAAGUCCUCCAUCCCUGCAUCCAAUAUCGUAAGGAGCUUCAGUACUGAAGAUGUUGUUUCUUUAGAUUCACCAGAAGAAAACCCAUUUCAGAAACACAUUCUGUUCUUCAACAUCUCCAUUCCACAAUAUGAGGAAAUCACCAGAGCUGAACUGAGAAUUUAUAUCUCCUGCCACAGGGAAGUUGGGUCUCUCUCUAGGCUGGAAGGCAAGAUGGUAAUUUAUGAUGUUCUAGAUGAUGGCCACUGGGAAAACCCAGAAAGUACCAAAUCUUCCCUUGUCUCCCACAAUAUCCAGGAAUGUGGUUGGAAGAUGUUUGAAGUGUCUAGAGCUGUAAAAAGAUGGGUCAGGGCAGACAAACUGGAGACUAAAAAUAAGCUAGAGGUUGUUACAGAGACAAAAGCUCUGAGUGGUUUUUCUUGUGGGAAGCUGGAUGUCAGUGUUACCCCUGACACUAAAAAUCUGCCCCUGUUAAUUGUCUUCUCCAACAACCGCAGCAAUGGGACAAAAGAGACCAAAGUGGAGCUCCGCGAGAUGAUUGUUCAUGAACAAGAAAGUGUGCUGAAGAAACUAGGGAAGAACAACACUUCAUCUGAAGAGGAACAGCAGGGAGAGGAAAAGGCCAUCUCUGGAUCCCACCUGCAUUCCUCCAGAAGCAAGAGAAGCGUUGGAGCCAACCACUGCAGGAGAACUUCCCUCCAUGUGAACUUUAAAGAGAUUGGCUGGGAUUCCUGGAUCCUGGCACCAAAAGAUUAUGAGGCUUUUGAGUGUAAAGGAGGUUGCUUCUUCCCUCUGACAGAUAACGUCACCCCAACUAAACAUGCUAUUGUCCAAACUCUGGUGCAUCUCCAAAAUCCCAAAAAAGCCUCCAAGGCCUGUUGUGUUCCAACCAAACUGGAUUCAAUCUCCAUUCUUUAUAAGGAUGAUGCUGGUGUGACCACUUUGAUAUAUAACUAUGAAGGGAUGAAAGUGGCAGAAUGUGGCUGCAGGUAGUAAAUAAGGCAGAAUCUCAAAGAAUAGGAACAUCCCCUUUUCCUGUCCUGUGUAAAUCUGCACAAUACUGAUGCAAAUGAAGACCAUUGCAAACAAUGUUUGGAGCAGGGUGUGGGGCUGG